UGCGCCCCCCGCCCCUUCAGCCCAAACGCUCCAGUCUCGCGCUGAUUGUCUGGAGAACCGACGCUUCCUCCCCAACCAUCUAAUAUUCCGUUUUUCAGCUUGGUUUUCCAAUGGCCGCCCGGGGCGUGCUUUGCGACCAGCAGCUAAAUAGUUAAGGCGUUUUUUGCCGGAUGCACCCACACUCCAGCAGACCGCUACAGCACGAAGAUGGCGUCGGAGGGAGCGAGCGGAGAGCAGCCUCCCCCGGUUCAAACACUGGUCGCUGCGGCGCCGGGAGGUGUCGACACGAAAUGUGAUUUCAAUAUGGAUAACCUGAGCAAGCCGGAGCUGCUCACACUGCUCAGCAUCAUGGAAGGAGAGCUGGAGGCCCGGGAUCUGGUCAUCGAAGCACUGAGGGCUCAGAGAAAAGAGGUGUUUCUCCAAGACCGAUAUGGCCACUAUACCCUGACCGACCCCUUCCUGGCACUUCAGAGAGACUUUGAGUGCAGAGCCCCUGGUGGGGACAAAGAACGGCGGCCGUUGGGGUCCAGCCCUAUCUCCGUCCUGGAAGCUGUCAUGGCCCACUGUAGGAAAAUGCAGGAACGUAUGUCAGCCCAGCUGGCUGCUGCCGAAAGCCGCCAGAAGAGGCUGGAGAUGGAAAAGCUUCAGCUGCAAAGCCUGGAGCAGGAUCACCGUAAACUAACAGCACAGCUGAAAGACGAACGUGAGAAGAACAAGCACAUCGUUAUGAUGCUGGUGCGUGAAUGCAAGCAGCUCGCCACUCGGGUGGUUGAGGAGUCGCAGCGCUUCGACGAGCUCCAAGCUCGCCUAGAUGAGGAGAGCCGCACCUCUGGCCGGCUCCAGGAGGAACUGAGCGUUGAGCGCCAGCGAAGUCAGCAGAUGGAGGCUAAGAUGGAAAAGCAGCUGUCAGAGUUUGACACUGAGCGCGAGCAGCUGCGUGCCAGGCUGGGCCGAGAGGAGGCCGAGAGUCAGGGCUUGCGGCAGCAGGUGGAGCAGCUUAGAACUGAAAGGGGUGAUGGGAAAGAUGGUGCAGCUGCUGCUGCUGGAGAGGAACCUGCUGCUGCCACCAGUACCCCCCCAACACCUAAAGAUAUGAUCUCUGUAUCCAUAGCAACAGAGCCCAUUAGCUGUCAAACAGCAUCUUGCCAAACAGAUGUUCCCCCUCCUGAAGUUGAGGGUCCUAAGAAGACUCCCCUCACUAUACCUGCCAAACCAACUCCGGCCAACUAUGUGGGCCUCAGCUUGCCAAAGACCACUGGAAGGGGGAUUGUCCACAGCAGUUCAGGAGGGUUGGCACAGACAGAGAAUGGCUCAGAAGGCCAAGUUCCUCAUGGACUACCCACCGGGGUCAGUCCCCGUGUUCAGGCAGCCCGCUACAAGUUCCAGGAACAGGACCAAAACGGAACGGCGUCUCAGAGUCCUCCAGCCCGCGACCUUUCCCCAACCAACCGUGACAACUUUGCAGCCAAGCAGCAGGCACGUCACACCGUGACGCAGGUCCUGUCACGCUUCACCAGCCCUCCCGCAGGAGGUUCCGGGUCCCUCCGUCCAGGCCUGUCCCACUCGGCCUCAGAGGGGGGACCUUUUCCAAGCCGCCUGAGCCAUCCCAUUGGCCUCAAGUCGCCCACCGUGACCAGGAUCGACCGGGGAAACCCUCCUCCUAUACCUCCUAAAAAACCAGGGCUCUCCCAGACCCCCUCACCCCCCCAUCCAUCUAUCAAGGUGGUGGGGGAGAGCAGCCGCUCCCCUGGGGCUGGUCUAAAGCCAGCCACCCCCCAGCUGCCGCCAAAACCUGCCCUGGACCUGGUCCCAGCCCUGACUGCCUCUCAGGUGGGUGCUCGCCCCCGCUCGCCUGGGCCCGGCCGGGGGCCUCAGCGGCAGGCAGCAACAGCAUGUGCAGAGUCGCAGCAAGACAUCAGUCCUGCCACUGCUGUCAGUAGCUCCUCCUCCAUACACCCUCCCUCCUCAUCCUCCUCCAUUAGUGCUUCAUCUUCCUGUAGUCCCCGUGCCUCAGCAGGCAGCCCCCUGGCAACAGCAUCAGGCUGGUGUCCCUCCGUAGUCUCCUCUCUAAGUAGCAGUGGGCCUGCUGCCCUGGACAGUAGGCACCUCCUGCUCCUCCAAGCUGCUUCCCAGGGAAAUGCCACUUUAUUGUCAAUGCUGCUUACCCAACCAGACUCGAACGAAACCACCAUAAGUAUCACUUCUACCACCUCAUCCAUGAACAUCACCUCUACUCCUACUCUGGAAAAUAUGCCCAAUCUUCUUGACCCAGACUUCCACCUCAAUCACAACCAAACUUCCGCCUUGUUUGCUGCUGCUCACCAUGGACAAACAGAGUGUGUGAAGCUGUUGCUGUCUGCAGGAUUGCCUGCUGACAUUUCGGAUGAAAAUGGAUUUACACCCUUACACUUUGCUGCCGCCCACGGCCAUACCAGCUGCGUGGAGGUGCUGCUAGCGUCCAGAGCAGCUGUGGACCCCGUAGCCUCCGAGGGGCAAACUCCCCUCUUCCUGGCCUGUGAGGCAGGAAGGCUGGACUGUGCUCAGGCUCUGCUGAAUGCAGGAGCCAACCGGUCACUCACCACCACUGAUGGGUGCACAACGCUGCAUGCUGCUGUCCGCUCUGGACACGUGGACACACUCCGUCUCCUCCUCCACCACCCAGCUCACGGUGGUCCUCCUGAUCCUGCUGACAGACCACCACUGUCUGCUGCUCUCCUGAACCAGGCCAACAGCGAUGGCUGGACGCCUGCACACAUGGCCGCCGCCCUGGGCCUGAAGGAGUGCCUGGAGGUCCUGUGCAGCCACACUGAGCAAGAUAUCGAGCGGAGGGAUAAGUGUAAUCGCACUAUUCAUGACGUUGCAACGGACGACUGCAAAGAUCUGUUGGAAAACCUCGAAGCGUACCGGGUCCUGGUGCUCUUAGAGUACUCAGGUGGAGGAACUGGGUCCAUAUGUCCUAUGGAAGCCCUGGAGGAAGAGGAGCAGGGCAGGGGGCUUCCCAGCAGUCAGCUCGUGCUGGGCAGGGUGACGGUGGACCGCUCAACGCGCUGGGCCCAGCUGAGAGAUGCCCUCCGCCACCUGUUCAUCUCCCACCUCCAGAUCCUCUGUGGAGACUCUCAAACAGCUCGAGAGGAGGCGCAGUCCUCCCUGCUGGGUCUUUCUCCUGCCAGCAUCUCCUGCGUUCUCAUCGGGGACACUAAGUGGUUGCCUGAUCAGGAGCUGCCUUUAUCUCCCUGGGAUUUGGUCAGAAAGCCUCUCAGCCAGUGUGCCACCAUCCGCCUCAGAGGUCUGCAAGAGUCGUGUCUGGAUGAGUUGGCCCUGGAAUCCCUCCUCCCUUUGCCUCUGCUGCACAACUGCGUCCGCCUGGUGGAGCAGUAUGGGAACCUCUUUUUUCACGGCCUGGAGGGCAGCUGCCAGGAGUACAUCGCCAACGUGGUCGCUCACUGCAUCAAGUGGAAACAGGAGGCGGAGGGAGCGAACUGCGACGUGGUGAGGGUGGAGGUGGAGGAGAACCUGAGCAAAGAGCAGCUGCUGGAGACCUUCAUCAACUGUGGCUUCCUGGUACCAGCGGUGCCCUCAGGCUUUGGACGGGUAGCUGGACACACUGACCGCUCCGUAGUGGUUCUGCUGGAGGGAUUGGAAAAGGCUUCGUCGUUAACAGGCUUGCUUGGAGAUCUCUGUGUCAGCUUGGACAACAGAGGCUCCGCCCCCCCUCUGAUUCUGAGCACAGGUUCACACAACGUCGGAGAGAACAACUUCCUGAUUGGCACGUUAUCUAAGCCCCGCCUCCAGGGAUCAGAGCUCCGCCUCCAGCAGCAUUUCCGCUGGGUGAUGCUGCGCUGGGACCAGGAGCCGCUGCACGGCCUGCUGGGAAGGCACCUGCGCAGGAAGCUGCUCCUUAAGCUGGGGACUGGAGUUUGGUCGGCGGAUGGCCUCAUGGAGCGCUCCGUGUUGUGGGUGAGUCAGGUUUGGCAGCAGCUAAAUGCCUGCCUGUCCCGCCUGGGCACCCACGAGGCUCUGCUCGGGCCGCAGCUCUUCCUGUCCUGCCCUGUGGUUCCCAACAACGUUCAGGCUGUUGUCAGGUGGCUGGCCCGUCUCUGGAAUGCCGUAGUCGUACCAGGGGUGGAAGCGGCGGUCAUCUCUCGCGUUAUGACCAAACGCCCCGCCCCCUCGCCCCCAUCGCCGUCUCCCUCCCAACGACCAUCUCUUAGCAACUGUGGUUUGAGUGCCGGACAGCAGGCGGUGGUGAAAGCCGCCCUCAGCAUUCUGGUCAACAAGGCUGUCAUGCUGGGAUGCCCCCUGCCUCGCCACGAAAUGGACCGGUAUCUGCUGGAGUUUGAGGGGAGCUCGUCUCCUCUGCCAGCCCUUGGUUCAUGUAAGGGAGGCGCAGGAGAAAGGAGACGAGGACGAGACGGCAGCAAGCUGAGACGCUCCAACACCAGCCCCAGAAAGAAGGGAAGCCCCUCCUCUAGUUGGAGCUCUGGAGGCUCCUUCAGAGAAGGUGCGGUCUCCGGCUCUGACGUCAGGUUCAUGUCCAACGGCCACAGGAGGUCGGCUGGUCUGCCGGCGUUCCUAGACGAUGAGACGGAUCUGAUCAGGGAGCUGCAGAACUUGUGUUCCAGCAGGUCCGAGCCGGACAUUAGCCAGAUCUCUGAGGCCAAAGACAACCUGAUCCAUUUUCCCAGCACUCCCAGUAUGGCGCCGCCUGCCCAGGAGUCCAACCAGGAAACUGCUGUCCAGCAGCAACCAGAGAACGCCGUCAGUGAGCCGGGCCACAGCUCCGACCAGCCAGCCCUUCAGAGCAUCAGCCGUCGUCCGGGCCCUCGCGCUAGGUCGCAGCUCCCCGUGCCAAGCAGCAGGGGGCAGCAGACGCGAGCAUCCCCGACUUGCAGCAGCAACACUAACAACAACCAAACCCAGACACCCCCCAAUGUCAGCAGAACUGCAGCCAGUAGCAGAACAAAGCAAGGUCCCCCGAGCAACAGCAACAACAACUACUACCGCAACCAUUUGAACGACCGCAGCCGCUCACGAGAAGAUAUCUGGAUUCUCCACAGAGAUCUGCACCAGAGCAACAGCGAGUAGACCCCCCCCAUCGCCCACCCCUGUCCCAUCUCCUCCAUCUCAAUGUAAAGACUAGGUACCUGAUGACCGUUGACUUGUACUUAUCUGUACUUAUUACACUGUACUGCAGUUGUGUACUUGGGGACCAUAGUUUAUUCUACUACAGUAUUUGAAUUAUGCGUAUAAGUAGGAAGGAAAACACUGUAAAGAUAAAGAAGACGAGCUUAAGCAGCAGGUUGUCUCUCUCUGUUGCCUUAAUUCCAGUGUUUUCAGCCUGUAUUCAGCUCCAGUGGAAGAAGAGACGCUUUAUGAAGUGUUAAUAUGUCAGAAACUGCCUCCGAAACACUCCUUCAAGUCCUUCGGUGUUCUUAAAAAAAACUAGUGUACUUCCAUAGGAAAUAAGGUCCCUGCAGAAAUCCAACGGAAACAAUCAGGCUUUUCUUUUCUUCUCUUUCUUGUUUUUUUUUUUUUUUUUUGCUAUGAAGUAUUUUGAAAUCCUUAAGUGUUUUAUCUCCAGAAAGUCGCGAGGUUGGUUUAAAUACUGUUUAAAAUUAAUCAGGGUUUUACCAAAUAUAUUUGUAAAUAAGAGUAAGUCGAAAUGCUCUAUAGAUUGGUGUACUUUAUGUGGUAUUACGCUUGUACAGUGAUGAAAACUUAAAAGAAACUGCUGAGGAAAAAAUAAAAAAAUGAACACUAAACCUUGUACAUAAGUGUUUGUAGAGAUGAGUUUGGUUUUAAACCCUCCACUUGUUUCAAAGUGAAUGGGAUGUGGCAAUAAGUAAUAGAACUGUAUAAACACAGGAUGUCCUCUGUCAGUUUUAAGCCAUAAUAAAUCUUUUAAA